UAUAGAUUGGAUUUCUAGGAUUCACAUGGUGAAAAAAAAAUCAUAAUCCAUAAUUAAAAAAAAAAUGUGUAGCAAUACUGGUAGUACUAGUGCAUGUGGAUGUAGCAGUGGAGGAAAUGGUGGUUCAAUUUGGAGUUCUAGUUUGAAAAAACAACAACAACAACAUCAACAACAACAACAAAAACGUCCUAGAAUACCUAAAAGAGGUCCUGGUGUUGCUGAACUUGAGAAGAUCUUGAGAGAACAAGAAACAAUUGACAUAUCAACGACGACAACAACAACAGAUAGAGAUAGAGGAAGUAAUAAUGAAGGUUUUUCAUCUUCAUGUUAUAUUCCUCAUUAUUCUUCUUCUUCGUCUUUGAAAUCUCAUCAACAACCACCACCACUUUUAACGCAGCCUAAUUCGCCGUCUUCUGGAAGAACGGUUGUGAGUAAUAUGUCUUCUCAUCAUGUUCCAUCGGCGCCGAAAUUUGAUCAUAUAGUUCCACCUCCUAAACCACCAAACAUUGCAUCAAUGUAUGGUAAUAGUCCUUCAAUUUUAGGAAGGAGUGGUGGAUCUGGUUUUGUUUCACAAGAGGUGGAACUAUUUCCUAUGAAUCAUCUUACUUCAUGUAAGUCUAAAUCUAAUUUUAAUGAAGUUGUCGAUGGAAGCCAAUCUGAUUCUGGAAAUUCUCCAUCUAGGAAUUUGUCUAGUGAAUCCAAUCAUGUUUGGUCUUCUUACCCUUCAUCCAUUCAAAAGAGAAACAACAAUGGUUUUACACCACCGCCAAUGAUGAAUCAAUUUCAUGGGACUAAUGGUACAGCAGCUUGUUCAGGAUCAUUGUCAAUUGGAUUGCAGAAUCAUUUAGAGCCCCCUUCAAACCAAAAUUCAUAUUACCAAUACACAUCUAGGUCACAAGAAGAACCUAAGAUUGUUGGCAUAAAGCGAUCUCAUACUUCAUCCUUGGACAACUCUCUUAUUGCACCAUCUAAUUUUCAAGUACUUCCAAGUUUCUCUCGCUACAGUAGACCAAAUCAAUCAUCAACAAAUGACAAUCAUGGUGCAGCUAGUUUCAAUCCCACCAAUGAGUGCUACAGGGAUGCCAAAUGGGGUAGUACUUUGGAACUUAACAGCAGAAGGUUCAAUUCUGAAAAUGUUGGUUCUGGUCAUGCAAAUUUUCCACCAUUUGUUGCUCCUGAAGUUCCUUCUCCACCUUCUAUGCAUUUGUUUCAAAGUGUUCUUUCCAAAGGGAAUGUGCUCCCUUCUCAAGUCAUUGAGGAUAAAAUGGAGAGUUCAUACCAACGUUCAGAAUCAAGUGGACAAGAUCGUAAGCCUUUCUUUAACUUCUUAGAAGUGAAGGGCCAAGAAGGGGUGACAGAUGCAAUGAGUGGAUCAAAUCAUGGAGGACGUGAAGGUGGAAGAGGUGGCAUUGAUCUGAGCUUGAAGCUUUGAGUUUGAAUUUUUGCACAAGAUAUAGUUUCUUUUUAAGUAUGCUUUGGUUUUUCACAUUGAAAACAAAGAAUGUUGUUGUUAGCAACAAAUGAAGAAAAUGAACAUUUUCUUAGUGUUAUUUGGUUGGUUUAAGCAUAAAAGUAAUAAUUUAUAAAAUUAUUGGGAUUGAUGUUAGGUGGGAGAGGUGGCAUUCCUUAGGAAUCUUGAAAAUCAAUGAGAUGCCACUUUGUGGGGAUUUUCAUUUAAUUUAAUUUCAAUUAUUAAGGGUUUUUUCUCCAAAGUUGAGUAUUGAGUUGGGUUGGGCCAGUUUGUGGCCCAAGUAGGGCACCAAGGUGAUAGAGUGGCUCUUUGAUCUGAUGUGUUGGGCCGGUUGUUACAAUAUGCUGGCCUGUCAGCUCCAAGUUGAGAGAUGAUCAAUCACUGGGCUUGAGUGAAGGUUUUCAAUGUUUUAAGACCUUUAUUUUGGUUAAAAUGUAAUCCCACUUUCUCUAAUUUUUCAAUGAAAUGUUAA